AACCUUGAAGUUGAUCGGUGGAUGAGGUUUUAAAUACGUUUCAACAGUUAGAAUUAUCCCAUUUUAAUGAAAAUCAAAUUAUAGUGCCAACAGAGGUAACUUAAGUGAAAAUUCACGACACAAAAAUCAAUGUUGUGACUUGAGAUAUUCGACCUGAUCAGAUUUGCAAACUAUAUCAGGUUGGUUAUAUAGAUGUGGAAUAGUUCAUGGAAUAGCCAGUGGUAGUUGUAUUGUGUUGAACAUGAUGGAUGUGAAGAAUCAGUCCUCUUCAAAAACAGAAGGUGAAGGUUGGUGUAUUGAUUUGGAUGAUAGAAGGAAUAUGAAAGAAAGAAUGCUGAUUAGAGUUGCAAAAUCAAAUGCUCACUUUAAGCACCAACAGUUAGGAGAAUCUGAUCUAACCGUAUCAGAAAAGCUACAAAUAGCAGAGGAUGUGCUAAGCACAAAAGGAGAUAAAUCUUUCCUGGCAAGAUUCUGGCAGCAUUUGACAAUGGAAGAUGCAGAAUAUUUCUCUAAGAGCAGAGAUGAUUAUGAAGUAAACUUUUAUUUAGAGGAAAUAGAGAAAAAUUGCAAUGCCCAUUUUUGUACAAAUGUUGUGAAAAAUAGACGAUAUGAAGCAAUGAAAAAGUUGGAAAAUGAAGGAGAAUAUUUUAGUGAGGAAGAGAUGAAGUAUAGAGAUCCCUAUCUCUACGAGCAAUUGAUUGGUCAGUUUAUUACAGAGGAGGAGGCACAGAAAACGAUUGACAAGUCUGAUCUUCGAUUCUCUACCAUCUUACUCAAACACAUGGAUCAGUUAGAUGAAAAUGAGCUCUAUUAUAAAGAGAAAGAAAAGGAGGAGUGCCAAAUGGAAGAAGAGGACACAAGUGAUGAUGAGGAAGAAAUAGAAGAGGAAUCAACAGAAGAAAUAUCAGAAGAGAGAAAAAAUGACCUCAAGUUGGAGUUUACUCGGAUCAUGAAGGAGAGAUUUCUAGCGGGAAAAGACAAGAAGUUUGACUACAGUUCAGUGGACCACAACACAGAAUAUGAUGACCUUGAAGUUCUCGAGCGGGAUGAGGAGGAGAAGUAUUUUGAUUCAGAGGAUGUAGACGAUCUUGAUUCAAGUGAAUUGAUGGAGGAGCAGAUCCCUGAACAAACUCAGGCCAUGUGUCUGGAUGACAGCCCUAGUGAACUCAGCCAGGGAUAGUCCAUCCCUCAUAGAACACAUCCAUAGUCUAUCCUUCAUAUAACACAAUCAGGGAUAGUCCAUCCAUCAAAAAAACAUGUCUAGGGAUAAUCAAUGCUCCAAGAACCAUGUCCAGAGGGAUAUAGAAAAAAAAAAUUUAAAAGUGAUUCAAACAGCAAGGACGUGUUUUCAUCACCCCAGUGACGUGAUUUCUGGCGACUAACAUUCAGUUGUAUCGUUACAUAAACUCUCAUAACGGAUCCAUAAAACAACGUUAAAGUGGGCAGUUUCUUGCUGUAAAAUUUGAGGGUAUAAGAUGCCCCAAAUGAACUACCGAGGUGUUUGUAUCUUCAUUAACGAUGUCUUACUCUCAUUCCUCUAGGUGAGAGCAAGUCACUGACUUUCAUAUGUGCCUAUAAGAGUACUAGACAUUUAUUUAUCUGAUGUCUGCCAUUAAUAGUAACCUACAUAUUUAUAAUACUUCUUAUGUUCAUUGUAUACAUAUUAUUCAACACAUCUUGUUAAAUGUUGCAUAGAAGUACAUGUUGAACUAGUACAUGUGCUUAAAGAGACACUUGAGCGUGUACUGCAAUAAAUGAAGUAAAACAAACAUUAAAUCGUAUUUUAA